AUGGGCAGCAUUGCAGGCAGAGGGGACAAGAGUCAGGAGCCCAUCUGCACGCAGAAGGUGGAUGGCCCUGCCCAGGUCUACUGGCAGGCGCUGCUGACUGGGGAUCAGGGCAUCGUGGCCAAGAUCCUCGGUGACCCUCAGAACAACCUGAGCCCCAAUGCUGUGUUUGACACCAGCGACCUGGAAGAAUGGAAGAACUACCGCUUCAACUUCCGCUGGCUGAGGCUGUGGAGUCUGAGCCAUCCCCAGACCCCAAAGGCAGAGACCUUGCGGAGCAGGGCCGGGGCCUGCACAGCCGGCCUGCAGCUCCUGCUGCUCAGGGGGGCUGCUGUCGACUUCGCACCAGGGGGCAAGACUGCCCUGCACGAGGCUUGCGCAGCAGCCAGUGCACCCUGCGUGCGCUUGCUGCUCCGCUUCGGUGCUGACCCCGAGGCUGUCUCUGAGGAUGGCUACAAGCCCCUGCAUCUCUGCAAGAGCCCAGACUCUGUCGAGUGUGCCCAGCAACUGCUGCAGCAUGGUGCCAGUGUGAACAGUCGGACCGAGGAGGAAGAUGACACAGCCCUGCACAUAGCAGCGCGGCAUGGCCUAGCAGACCACGUCCAGCUGCUUCUGCGCUAUGGGGCAGAGCUGGAGGCAAAGAACGAGGAGGGGCAGACACCACUGAAUGCUGCCUGUGCUCAGCCCCAUAAGCCCGAGGACAUGGACCGCUACUACCAGGUCUGCCAGCUGCUGGUGGAGCGUGGUGCUAGUGUCCAUGCUGCAGACCGGGACCGCCAGCACCCGCUUCACCUGGCUUGCAAGAAUGCCAAUGCUCAAGUUGCAGAAUUACUGCUGGCCCGGGGUGCAAAUGUCAACGUCAUGAACUACAGCGGCAACACGGCGCUGCACAAUAUCCUGCAAGCCACGGCCUACAAGCUAGAGCACCACCCAGAGCUGGUGGUGCGAGCCCUGCUCAACCACGGCGCCAUCCGCAUCUGGCCUGGCUCCCUCCUCAAGAAAUACCCACGUUUCUACCAGUCCCUUUUCUCCCUGGAGCAAAGACCUCGCUCCUUGCAGCACUUGGCUCGCUGCACGCUCAGGACCUUCCUGGAGGGCCGGUUGCUUCUGGUCUUGUCUCAGCUGUGCCUGCCAAGUGCCUUGCGCCGUUUCCUGCUGCUCAGCUUCGAGGACGUCCUCUACUAA